AUGGCGAGCUCAAAGACGUCCGUUAGCGCGCCUUGCCGGAACCCUAACCACGAGGACAUAGUCCCUCUGGAGAGCGUUGUCACAGGCGAGCCUUCGAGAUCUUUUGCUCGUGCAGCCAGUGGUUCGGUGGACCCGGAACGUCUCACGCGACCCGAUUCAACACAUGCUCUCCCUCCUUCCAAACGUGAAAUUGAAUGGAAUGCUCUACUGAACUCUCAGCGUGCUGUGCUUAGGAAGCUUAAAGCAUGGCAUAAAUGGGACACUGAUUUCGGCCAAUCUGCCCGGCCCCUUGUCAGCUCUUCUCGCUCGCCACAUACUUCUUCCCGCCUCGUUGGUCACUCAAAGCGACUGUAUGCGAUUUUGGCGAAGGUCACUUUGAGCGAUUCGAAGUUCAUCUUGAAUAUUUACAGCAAUAGCCUCGAGGAUCUCUUCAGUCACGGUGAGGUCAAAGAAGGUCCGUACAAUGGCUUCGAAAUCUUGAAUUUCAGAGGCCGGCAAAAGCUACAGGAUCAAUCUGACGUAUUCAACAUUCUCCACGAGUCUCCUCAUCUCAGUUCUGAGCUUGACGAGCUCACUUUCAAGUACCAUGAGAACGGCCCUUUUGGGCGCAACUUACAGUGGAGAGCAGAUACCCUCGGGAUCAAGCGCGGAUUCUGGAACGAUGUCCGGUCAGACUUGCCGUGGCAGCUUGAUGAAGGUAUCCGCAGCAACUUCUCCAAAAUUGAAGUCACAAAAGGCCUUAACUACCUGGACCGAUAUUUCGCGAGAUAUGUUGAGGUGCCGUCCCAUGCUGAAACCGUGCACCAAGAUCACUCUGCUCUGGAAAACAUUCGGCGACGAUGGGAGCUUGAUGGAACAGCCUCGUGGGAAAUCAAGUCGGUGCAUUGGCUUAUGGUGUUACUGGUCAUCGAGUUGGAGGUCGCACCCCAUAACCAUCGUUUAUGGAAGAAUGUCCCCGAUAUACAAAACGCAUAUCUUCCCAUCGUGCGAGAUCUGAAACAUCGUCGAGCUUCUCGGUUCAGACGGCACGAAUCUGUGAACCUGGUCCGUGAAUAUGUUUCUUGCAUGGACGAGAUCUCUCAAAUUCAUGAGAUCUCAAUGCAGAAAAUCGAAUUCCUCGGGAAGCUUCGAGAACACUGCAAGUCUCUUAAAUUGGCACGACUCCACCACAUUUUAGGAUCCAUCAACGAAAAAAGUCUCCUGGUUCAGCGGGUCGAUGAGGCUGUAAAACAGAUAGAGAAAGACAACGAGAAUCUCCCUCGACUUAUCAACGACUUGAAAACCUCAUUAGACGUGCUUUUUCAAUUACGGACAAUCGAACAAAAUGAACUUGCUAUCAUCGCAGAGUCGAACAACAAAGCCAUCCUCGUCUUCACCGUCGUGACUAUCAUCUUUUUACCUCUAUCUUUCUUCACAUCGUACUUCGGGAUGAAUCUUCAAGGGAUCGCCAAUACGGACAAGACGCAAGGCUACUUCUGGGCCGUUUGUGGAAGUAUUACCCUCUUCGUCGUGAGCUUCACAGUUGUCUUUGGUUUCAAAGAGCGCCUCUAUGGCUGGGUUUGGGCCAACAGAGAUUAUUCUCGUCCACGAGAACUCAUACAGUAG